GGUAUUAAGAUAGAUUUAUCAUCAUCAUCAACCCUCUGCUUUGCUGGCUGCCGGGUUUACACAUCCUGCUUUCCCUUAUGGCUGUUUGGGCGCCCGUGGACUCCGACGACCCGUUGUAUACCUUAUGGAUUUGACGCGCCUUGCAGGUUCCAUUGACAGAGGGGAGUAGACAAUAAAGCGGAGGCAAAUUGAGUAGGGAACCCAUACACGCCCCUUUCUAUCCAAUGGACGCACAGUGAGAAAGAACGACCCGCCUUCCUUUCUGCUCCAACACAUUUCUAUCACCUGGUCUCGACGUGUGCCCUUGCCCCGGGCCAUUCCCCUUGAAGCUCUCAGCUUUUCGGUCACAACUUACUUUCUUUGGGGCACCCUGUUUCCGGGCUUAUUCUGUCUUGGAUCUCUCCCUUCUUGUGUAGCUCAUCGAUCAGCGUUAUACUCUAUUUCUGGGCCAUACCUACAUGUACAACAAAGUGGCGAACACAUCACUUCCGUCAUAUGAAUAUGGUAUAUUCCAUUUAUUUCGGGAGAGCGGAGGAGGGACACUUCGGCGGGACGCCCUGUGGCGUCGGUAUGGACAUGUUCUCACAGCCCCCUCCUGUUAGGGUGGGACCGUGCGAGCCAGUUGGCUCGCAUGAUGUCCACCCAACCGUAAGUAUCAUUCUCCUCACUCGUGCUGACAUCCUUGCAUGUCCAGGAAUAUCUUACGUUCCCUCAUUGUUGGGCAAGAAGAAAUUUUUCAAUGGUAAGCCGAUCAGGUCCACUUUUGUAUUUUUUUCGCCAUGGCAUUGGGUUACGCCCCCUGCAUUAGUCGAUUUUAUGGCUCGGCCCCCCCAUAUGGUGCGCUAUUAUCCAGGUAGCUGCGUACAAUAUUACUAUUACUUCUUAUUGCACUGUUUACGAGAGACUGAGACGUGUGCCUAUUGAGCUCUACGUUACUUCCUUUGGUCUAUCUCCAAUGCGCUGAAACUUAACUUGCUGCUAUGUACCGGGCCGCUGCAAGUGGCAUGGAUGCAAGCAACGCUGGGUUAUCAAUAGUUAAAUCCACGUUGCUUAUUUGAUUAUCUUGUGGUCCUGCGACAUGCGAAGGCGAGCUAGUCCCCCUUCUCACCACCACUUCGAAGCUCAUCCUUUGUAUCACAUUAAUCGUUGGGUCCAGUUCGCG